AUGGGCGUUAAAAUGUCUUCUCACAUAGAAGCUAUUACGAGCGCUCGCGAGGUAUCGCAGCCCAAUUCCACAAAUGGAACCGUUCAAGAGGGAGUCGAGGUCUCCCCGCCAUCCAUAUCAACAGCAAAGAAACGCAGUAAAUAUCGUCAUGUAGCUGCAUACCACUCAGAAGCACGCCAUUCCAGCCUUAGUCGCGAGGCUGAAGUGAUGCCUAACUUCCUGGGGUUCAGAAAUCUUAUGGUUUUGGUAUUGGUGGCAAUGAACCUACGAUUGAUUAUUGAGAACUUUAUGAAAUAUGGUGUGCUAAUCUGUAUCAAAUGCCAUGAUUAUCGCAAGCAAGAUCUCGUGCUCGGGUCCAUACUAUUUGCCUCGGUACCCUGUCAUUUGCUCGUGGCAUAUAUUAUUGAGCUAUCAGCUGCCAGGGCAGCCAAGCAGACAGUGGGCCGCCAGAAGAAGACAGAGAAAGAAAAAGAACAUGAUCAGAAGGUCUUCCAGUCAACGUGGCCGUACACAGCAUUUUUGCACACCCUGAAUGCCACAUUGUGCCUUGCGGUAACCAGUUUCGUGGUGUACUUUUACAUCCACCAUCCCGGUAUUGGGACAAUAUGCGAGCUGCAUGCGAUCAUUGUGUGGCUAAAGAAUUGCUCUUACGCUUUCACGAACCGAGAUCUCCGUCUCGCGCUGCUCAACCCCUCUGCAGACCCAGGUUUACCUGAAAUAUACUCCUCAUGCCCCUAUCCGAGGAAUAUCACCAUCAAUAACCUGGCAUACUUCUGGCUUGCGCCGACGCUAGUUUACCAACCUGUCUAUCCGCGCACACCAUCUAUCCGGUGGUCGUUUGUCGCAAAGCGCCUUUCAGAGUUCGUGGUCCUGGCAAUGUUCAUCUGGCUUUUAUCCGCGCAAUAUGCUGCGCCGGUAUUGCGUAACUCGAUUGAUAAAAUCGCAAUCAUGGACAUCGCCUCCAUCCUGGAACGGGUUAUGAAGCUGUCCACUAUCUCACUAAUUAUUUGGCUUGCCGGGUUCUUCGCAGGGUUCCAGGCGCUAUUGAAUGCCUUGGCCGAGGUUAUGCGUUUUGGAGACCGCGAAUUCUAUACCGACUGGUGGAACAGCUCCAGUUUGGGUGCCUAUUGGCGAUCUUGGAAUCGCCCUGUUUAUCUGUUCAUGAAGAGACAUGUCUUCUCCCCCCUUGUGGGUCGUGGAUGGAGUCCCCUAGCUGCAAGUGUAGUGGUUUUCACACUCUCUGCCGUGCUUCACGAAAUGCUCGUGGGAAUCCCCACACAUAACCUCAUUGGUGUGGCAUUCUUUGGAAUGAUGUUUCAACUGCCCCUAAUGACUCUCACCGCGCCAUUGGAUAAUAUGCGCGGCCCCCAAGGCAGGGUGAUCGGAAACUGUAUCUUCUGGGUCAGCUUUUGUCUGGUUGGACAGCCACUUGGAGCUCUCCUGUACUUCUUUGCUUGGCAAGCUAAGUAUGGCAGCGUGAGUAAGAUAGCUCCCAGCGUGGCAGGAUGA